GGUGAUGGUGAGGGAAGAUGGCGGCGCCAGAGGAGCAGGAUUUAUCUCCGGCUCAGACUGAGAAACUUCUGCAGUUUCAGGACCUGACGGGACUGGAGUCCAUGGACCAAUGUCGGCGCACUUUAGAACAGCACAACUGGAACAUCGAGGCCGCAGUACAAGACAGACUUAAUGAGCAGGAAGGAGUUCCGAGCGUGUUCAGCCCACCUUCCGUCAGACCGUUACAGGUCAACACAGCAGACCACAGAGUGUAUAGCUAUAUAGUGUCGAGGCCUCAGCCUAGAGGUUUACUGGGUUGGAGUUAUUAUUUGAUAAUGCUGCCGUUCAGAUUCACAUACUACACAUUUCUGGACAUAUUCAGGAUUCGUGCCUCUGCGUUUAGGUUCGCCCUGAGGUUCAUUAGGCCCGAUCCGCGCGGUCGUGUGACGGAUCCGGUCGGAGAUGUCGUGUCCUUUAUCCAAAGUUUUGAAGAGAAAUACGGACAGUCACAUCCUGUAUUCUACCAGGGAACGUACAGUCAGGCUCUAAACGACGCGAAACGGGAGCUGCGCUACUUGUUAGUGUACCUUCACGGCGAUGACCACCAGGACACCGACGAAUUCUGCAGGAACACGUUAUGUACUGAAGAGGUCCUCACUUUCAUCAACACGCGGAUGCUUUUCUGGGCGUGUUCCACCAGCAGGCCCGAAGGAUACAGAGUGUCUCAGGCCUUGCGGGAGAACACGUACCCGUUCCUGGCCAUGAUCAUGCUGAAGGACCGGAAGAUGACCGUAGUGGGGAGGCUGGAGGGCGUGAUUCAGCCCCAGGAUCUCAUCAAUCAGCUCACGUUCAUCAUAGAGGCUAAUCAGACCUACCUGAUGUCUGAACGGCUUGAAAGGGAGGAAAGGAACCAGACGCAGGUCCUGCGGCAGCAGCAGGACGAAGCGUACCUGGCCUCGCUGCGUGCCGAUCAGGAGAAGGAGCGGAAGAAGAAGGAGGAGCAGGAGCAGAAACGGCAAGAGGAGGAGGCGGAGCGCCAGAGCCUGCUGGCCGAGGAGAGGAGGCGCAGGACGCUUGCGGAGGAAAAGGAGCGCAAGUCCGAGUGUCUGCCCCCCGAACCGCCGCAGGACGACCCGGACUGCGUGGAAAUCAUGUUCAAACUGCCCAACGACACACGCGUAAAGCGACGCUUCCUCUUCUCGCAGUCUUUGACGGUCAUACACGACUUCCUGUUCUCCCUGAAAGAGACGCCGGAGAAAUUCCAGAUCGUGACGAGCUUCCCGCGCCGCGUGCUGCCCUGUUUGCCCACCGAGGAGGAGCCCAAUCCCCCCACGCUGAAGGACGCCGGCCUGAGCCGCAGCGAGGUGCUCUUCGUGCAGGACCUCACAGACGAUUGACAUUGAGCCGAGCGCAGCUUCCUCGCGGCUAAGCGCCGUCCGGCUCUGUGAAGCGGCCGCUGCGUGCGCGAGGGAUGGUUCACACUUCCUUUAAUUCAGUUGCAGAUCUGCCCCCUUUCUCAUCGGGUUCUGUUUUACGUAAGCGCGAGAUAUACGGGCCCUGUAAAUACGACCCCUAUAUUUAAAGCCUAAAUCCAGUCCACGUUACUAGUUUUUUAAGCGGAUUGAAGAUGACCAGCUCUUACACGAUGACCAAAUGAGGGACUGUUUGCGACUUAUACCAUUAAAUUGAUGUGG